AUUUUUGUAGCAUAACAUAUAUAAAACUAAAUUUUUCGUGACUAUAAAUUUUGACUUUAUGCAAGAUGGCAAGCAAGGAACUUAGCAAGAAGAACUCAACCCAAUUGGCCCAUUUGUGUGAGCUCAGUGCUAAUCCGAAAAAGCUGCCAGGACGUCGUCUGGUUACCAUUAUUGCAACAAUAUCUAGAGCAAGUCGAAAUGCAGAAAUGAUUUAUCAAAUGUUAGUCAAGGGUGUGAAGAUAUUUCGCUUAAACUUUUCGCAUGAAUCGCAUGAAGCGCACACAGAGACUAUUGAAAUGAUAAAAAAUGGCAUACAACGCAUAAAGAACGAGACAGGUGACACUAUAACAGUGGCCUAUGCUGUAGAUACCAGAGGUCCACAGAUACGCACGGGUUUACUGGAUGGUGGUAAUAGCAUUGUAUUGCGCAUUGGAGAGACCAUACGGCUUUCGAUCAAUAGAGAUCUAUAUGAUAAGGGCGGCAAGGAAGCCGUUUAUGUGGACUAUCCGAACAUUAUAAAUGUAGCAAAACCAGAAGAUCGCGUUUUCGUCGAUGAUGGCAAACUCUUCUUUACAAUACUCGAAGUUGGUGUGGACGGACUGCUGUGUGAGGUAAUACAGGGUGGCACACUUGGACCCAAUUGCAAUGUUAUACUACCUGAAGUGGAAAUCGACUUGCCUGCUGUUUCCGAAAAGGAUAUGGACGAUAUACAGUACAGCGUCAGAUCUAAUGUGGACAUAAUAUUUGCAUCGGGUGUGCGUAAUGCCAAAAGCAUCAAAGAACUGCGUUCGGUGCUGGGUGAAAAGGGCAAGCAUAUUAAGGUAAUAGCCAAAAUUGAUAGCAAAAUAGCGCUAAGCAGAGUACCGGAGAUAAUGAAUGCUGCCGAUGGACUUCUAUUAAGUCGCGCUGACUUGGGCACACAGAUACCCAUAGAAAAGUUAUUCGUUACACAAAAGACAGUGUUGGGUCAAUGCAAUAAAGCUGGGAAGCCCAUAAUAAUUGCUUCCAAUAUACUCGAAUCGAUGCGUUAUAAUCCAUUCCCUACACGUGCUGAAUCCUUUGAUCUGGCAAAUGCUGUAAUCGAUGGCGUCGAUUGCAUACUGCUCUCUUCCGAAGUGGCUAUCGGACUUUAUCCCAUGGAAACUGUCGAAAUGUGUGAUACGCUAUGUCGUGAAGCAGAGAAGGUUGUUUGGUAUCGCAAUCUAUUCGAAGAUUUGGUGCAUGAAACCUACGGCGAACUGGAUGCUUCACAUUCCGUUGCCAUAACUGCGGUGGAAACUGCGAAGCGCGUAAAAGCGACGCUUGUUAUAGUACUAACAACUUCAGGACGUUCGGCAGCGCUUUUGAGUAAAUUUCGACCACGUUGUCCCAUAUUAGCUGUUACUAGAUGCGAAAAAGCAGCGCGUUGGAUCUAUUUGCAUCGUGGAGUCUUUCCGCUGCUCUAUAACGCGGAAUGCAAUCAAAUUUAUGCCAAUGAUGUGGAUGCGCGUGUGAAGUUUGCACUAAUAAAUGCCAAAAAGAAUGAGCUCAUAAAUGAUGGAGAUCCCAUAGUUAUAGUAAGUGCCUGGAAGGAUGGCGGCGGCUUUACCAAUAAUGUGCGUGUUGUUUACGCUUUCUUCGAAACUGAUCGUAUUGACUGUCUGUUCCGAGCCGAUAAAGGUGGCUCAAUUAAGAAUACUGCGCUAAAUGCAAAAUAAUUGUUAAAAGUUCAUAGUAAUAAAUAUUUUGUAAUAU